UAACAAGCCUGUGAAAGCAUAUCUGCUAUAAACUGCAUAUGACUGUGCAUUUACUGUUCUCUGGUUUUCUUAAUUCUGUUCAUUCUCAUUACAGACACCCUCUUUUGUAAUCUGUAUACACCAAAAGCACAGCUUCCACUGCAGCCCCUGCACUUGCCUGAUAUCAUCAUGCCUAUCAUAAGCAACACAAAUGACUUCAGCAAUUUCUCCAUCAGCUCAGAUGACAGCAGCCUUGACCGUUUUUUCACAGAGAUCCCUGAGACUGAGACCAUUAAAGGAGUGUACUUUCAGCGAGCUCAGCCACUACGUGACCCCUCUGCACUCACAAAUGUUGACCACAGCAAACUGGCCCUCGUGAAUGUUGGUGGAGAUCGUUAUACAUUUGCCUGGAGCACGCUAGAUGACUUCCCACUCUCCCGUUUGGGCCAGCUACGUUACUGCAGCAGUCCUGAGGACAUUGCCCGGCUGUGUGACGAUUAUGAUGAGGUGAACCGCGAGUUCUUCUUUGAUCGAAGUGCAACAGCUUUCCGCGUCAUCCUCAACUUCCUGGCGGCAGGAAAGCUGAGGCUGCUGAGGCAAGCAUGCGCCGUUUUUCUCUCAGACGAGCUGGCUUACUGGGGCAUCGAGCCCACUGGGAUGGAGCGCUGCUGCAGGCGCGUUAUGAUCACCUGUGUGGAGGAGGUGGCUGAGAAGAAGCGGAAAGAGGAAGCUCGGAGGCAGAAGAGGCUGAAUAAAGAACCAACACAAGAGAAGGAGGAAGGGUUCCAUGGCUUCUUGAACCGUCUGAGGGAUGUGGUGGAUAACCCACACUCUGGAUGGCUGGGCAAGAGCUUUGCCUACAUCUCUGUGGCUAUGAUCGUUGUGACCGUGGUCAGCUUGUGCAUCAGCACCAUGCCUGAUCUCAGAGAGGAAGAGAGCAGAGGUGAAUGUUCCCAGCGGUGCCAACAGAUAUUCAUUGUGGAGACUGUAUGCGUGGCAUGGUUUACCCUCGAACUCGCUCUACGUUUCCUGCAGGCACGUAGCAAGCUAGAAUUUGCAUGCGGGCCACUCAACAUCAUUGACGCCAUGGCCAUUUUGCCGUACUACAUCUCCUUGCUGGUGGACGAGAGAGCUCUAAGGCUAGGAGAUCGUACGAAUGUCGGUGGAGGGUAUUUGGAUAAGCUGGGUCUGAUUCUGAGACUCCUGCGUGCCCUACGCAUCCUGUACGUCAUGCGUUUGGCGAGGCACUCGUUGGGAUUGCAGACUCUCGGCUUGACUGUGCAAAGGAGCAUGCACGAUUUUGGACUUCUGCUCCUGUUUGUGUGCGUGGCUGUCACGUUGUUCUCACCUCUCGUACACUUGGCCGAGAGCGAGCGCCAUGGCUUCAGCAGCAUCCCUGCAUGCUACUGGUGGGCCAUCAUUUCCAUGACCACGGUGGGCUACGGCGACAUGGUCCCACGCUCCAUCCCUGGUCAGGUGGUGGCCUUCAGCGGCAUCCUGAGCGGAAUCCUCAUUAUGGCCUUCCCAGCUACCUCUAUUUUCCACGUCUUCUCACGUUCCUACCGUGAGCUGAAACAGGAACAGGAAAUGAUGCACAAAGAUGAAAGAGCUGCCUUAUUAGCCGCAGAGGAGGUCUGGGUAGAAUCUGAGACAAACGCCUACUGUUGGACUCAAGGAUAUUCUAACAAACUGCAUGAGGGUGAGAAUAGGGAUGGACCUAAAAAAACUGUUUUAACAGACACAUCAUGCUCGGACUUGUUGUAGAUGCUGAAACUAGUGAUCAUGGGGGUUGCAGAAACACUUGUGGUGAGUGAAUUUUUGUGCCCAGUAAAAACAGGAACCUCAAGACAGAGCUUUAGCUUUGACUUUAAAUAUGUCGGGACUUUAUCUUUUUUUUUUUUGGCCUCAUCCGCAUAUCAUGACUAAUAAUGAAAGCAAAGAACUUUACUGAAACAAUUUACUGCAUACUAUUUGUAAGAGUGUACUCAUUUCCUUAUAUAACCUACAGUAACAAUAAAUAUUGGUACAACAAUAACAGUAACAGUAACAACUGUGAUUUUGGAUUAGACCUUGCAUUCUGCUUUGGUUUGUCACAGACAUAAUCUUCUUGAACUGAAUUAACCUGAAUUGUUUCC